UUCCAGCAGGAACACAAAUUUUUCAGCGUCUUCGCCCUCUCUCCUAAUCUUAUCUUUCCCCAAAUUUCGACGAUGCUUCAAAUCACUUCUUCGAUUCCCCAAUUCAAAACCCUAACCCUAACUUCUCCGUUCCUCCAUGGCGGCUCCUCAAUCAAUCGGUUCAAGUCGUGCUCCUCAAUCGCCGCCCCCGCGGCGGCGCCGGCGAGGCUCCCCGUGAUCAAAGCGAUGAAGACACUCCAAGGGAUAGUCGUCUGCUCCACCAACGACAAGACGGUGGCCGUGGAGGUCACGCGCCUGGCGCCACACCCAAAGUACAAGCGCCGCGUGAGGAAGAAGAAGACGUACCAGGCGCAUGACCCGUUGAACCAGUUUCAGGUUGGGGAUUACGUUCAGCUCGAGAAAGGCCGGCCGAUUAGCAAGACAAAAUCAUUCUGGGCCAUACCGGUGCCCAGCCGGCGGAGUUCGAAGGGCGGGGAUGAAGACGCGCCGCCGCCGGAGCAGGAGCUCGGGAUUCCGUUGGAGUCUGAGAGCUCUGGGUGAAAAGGCUGUUGGCCAUUCGUGGUUAUCCAAUUUUCUUUUUAAGAAAAAGGGAUUUGGUACUCUGAAUUUGAAACUAAUUUUUCACAUUUCUUGUAUUAAGACUUAUGGAAGAAUGGCAAUAUUUUUUUUUA